AUGAAAUUUGGAUCUAUACCGACUAAAUCCCUUCUCUUCCGUCUCUCUUCUUCCUCCACCGCUCACACUCCCCGUCGAUCAAUCGCGGUUCUCCUCACUAACUUUCAAUCCUCUACAUUUUCCACCACCACUGGCUCCGGCUCCGGCUCCGGUUCAGGAUCCAGCCAUUCUUCUUCGAGGCGUCCUCAGCACGAUGAAGAGUCCCGAUCUGUAAAGGUUUCGGUUUGGUGGGACUUCCAGAAAUGUAAUUUGCCGGUAGGUGCAAAUGCUUUCAAAGUAGCGCAAUCCAUCACCGGAGCAAUCAGAAACAGCGGAAUCAAAGGUCCUAUCUCAAUCACAGCCUUCGGAGACAUUCUUCACCUCCCCAGAUCAAACCAAGAGGCUCUCUCCGCUACCGGAAUCAGCCUCACCCAUGUCCCUCAAGGUGGGAAUAACAGCGCCGAUGGGUCUCUGAUCACAGAUCUUAUGUGUUGGGUUUCUCAGAAUCCACCUCCGGCUCAUCUCUUUCUAAUCUCUAACGACAAGGAAUUCGCGAGUGUGUUGCACAGACUGAGGAUGAGCAACUACAACAUCUUGCUCGCGAGCAAACCAUCAGCUCCUGGUGUUCUCUGUAGCGCUGCUUCGAUCAUGUGGGAUUGGGAUGCUUUGAUCAAAGGAGAGACUGUCACUGGUAAGCACUUUAAUCAGCCACCAGAUGGUCCUUAUAACUCUUGGUAUGGUCACUAUAGAGUCCCUCUUCUUGACCCUUUUGCAAUUGCAACCACCGCUGAGAAAUCUUCUACUGUGAAAAUCGAAGAAGUGUCCGAGUCUGAGUCUAUUAGUUUGGAUUCUGUUAAAGUUCGUCCGAUUCCAAAAGAAGUUGUUAACAAGAUUCGUCUGAUAUUGAAAGUAUAUCCCAAGGGAGCUCCUAUUUCUGAGCUACGUGCUGAGCUGAUUAAGAGCGACUUGGCGAUAGAUAAAGAUUUCUAUGGGCAUAAGAAGUUUUCUCGGUUUCUACUAUCAAUGCCAGAUGUGUUACGGGUUGAUACAGCUAGUGAUGGCUUGUUUGUUGUUCGUGCUGUUGCCGAGAAAGCAACUCCUACGAAGCUUGAUUCUAGUCCUGGUUUGUCUACUGCCAAGGUUAAAGAGAAGGAAACUGCUACUGCUUCAUCGCCUAAAGUAAUGACUGAUGUAGAACUUGCUGCUGAAAGGAGAGUAAGAGAUGAGUCGCUUGGAAAGAAGCAAGUGAAGGUUACGGAGAAUGAUAAACGUGUCAAAGAGAAAGCAGCAGAGAGUUUGGUUCUGGUGAAACAGAAGGACUUCAAGACAAAUGACAAACCUGUGGAGACGAAUCAAGUCGAUCUUAUUCCGGGGAGUGAUUCUUCCAUGGAAGAUGGUUUCUUUCAGAAGCUAAAAAGACUGUGGUCUGGUCCACCUCAGGUGGAAUCAGAGCAUCUCCCAGAAAACAAAAGUGCUUCUGGAAGUGGAGACAAGGAUGAAGUGGUUGUUAGUGAUGGCAAGGCUGAGGAUAAGGAUAAGGACUUGAAAUCAGUGUCUCAAAUCUUACCUUCCUUUGCUGGUGAAUCUGCAGAGGAGGUAAAAGCAGGAACUGAUGAAGUAGGCAAUAAUGAUAAAAAUGAAACUCCAGGGUUUUUUAGUCAACUUCUGAAGAGUUUCAAGUUCUGGGAAAGAAGAAACACAGAGCUUAGCAGUGGCUUGAGUGGGAAUCAGAAGCUUGUCGAUGCUGAUUCUCAAGUACAUGGCAUUUUUGCAGAAGAGUCUUCCUGGAGCGAUGUUGAAUCUUUCAUUAAUUCUCCAAGAGGCUUCGUUAUUGUUUCUCACUCAAGGACAAGGGAGAUGAUGGCUAAGAAUCUGCAGAGGGAAGGGCCUUCGUGUCUCAAACAGCUCGAUGAAUCAAGCAUGCUUCAUUUAGUUACCUUGUUAAUAUCAGACAAGAAAUGGAUUGAAGAAAAACCCUCUUCUUCCCUACCAUUCACCAUCACCAAAGGCUCUAUCCCUAGCCACCGUCCUGCUUCAAACGGCUUGAGCUCAAUAUUCUCGGACUGUGUAAAACCACAGUCGCAGAAACAAGAAGGUGAGAAAAGGUUCAAGAACGUUGCUCACGCUGGAGUUUCUUCUGUUAGUUACAAAGGCAAUGCAGUUGCUGAUUGUCAGAAGCUGAUAAAGAAGAUAACUGAGAAAAACCCUGAAGGGUAUAGCCUGAUUCGAUUCAGGAAAGACUUCUUGGAGGAAUACGGAUACCAUUUAGCGAUUGACAAGCUCGGUUACGAAAACCUACAGUCUCUGGUUCAAGUAAUGCCCGGAGUGAAGAUAUCAUCUGGAUACAUCUUUCCUUCACCAGGUGGUAAGUCUAGAAAAGAAGAUGAAUCAGACUUGUCAUUCGAAGAGCUCGGUCCAGUUUCUGAUGCUGCACCUAACCAGCCGACGAACAAGAAGCUUCCAGUGUAUGAACCAUCUCUCUCAGAGGAUGAAGAUUCUGAGUCAGAGAGAGACAGCCCGAAGAAGAAGAAGCAAGAGAUGAAUGGUGGAGAUAAAGAGAGCUCCUUGUUGCAAAUUCUGGAUGCUUAUCACAGAGGCACAGGUGGGGAAGUUAAGAUGGAGAAACUAGAGAGAAAGCAAAAGCCUUCAAAGACGUAUUCGUUUGUCAAAGAUUCAGAAGUCUAG